AUGGCUUCCGAAGUGAGCCUGGGUUCUCCACAAAAGAUCUCCACGGGAAAGCAAGGCAGGGUUGAGCUCCAGCCGCCCUCCCACACUUGGAUCUCCUGGUGCAUCCUCGUGGCCUACCUUGCUGUUUUUGUCGAGGGCGUCGCUCUCCUGGCGAAUGACCACUACGGCCCCGAGAUUCUACCACGUGUCAGCGCUGCUCAGUUUCACCUAUGCAGCAUUUAUGUGCUUGAGGUAGCGAUCGCCUUGGGCCCUGGCUGGUGUGCGAUGUCACCCGGCUGGACGUCCGGCGAGCUCAUUGCACACCACGUGCCGUACACCUUCACGGUGAUGCUGUGCUUUGCUCUGAACCAGCAGCACAAGUGGACUUUGCCGCUCGUGGUGGUCCUUCUGACGCCCUUGAACGAGGGCCUCUUCAUCGCCAACAGCCUGGGAGCUCCAGGCUGGGUUGCCAAAGUCCGCACCUCAGAUACGGGAUCUUGGAAUGCUGCGAUGUGA